GAAGGAGCCAGUGCAAGAGGACCAGAGGCAGUAAUUUGUCUCCAUCUUCUUGAGGUGAAUGUCAAUAUGCGUAGCGUACGCCUCGCAAGACCUGUCUUGGAAUCGAUAUUUGCAAUCGCUCCAUGCACAUCUGCCAAGACUCUCGAAAUGCUGUUUCAUGCGGGCUUUCUCCUCAUUAAUUUGCUUUCGACGUGUGCAUGCCAGCAAGUGGUCAUUCAUACGUGCUAG